GGACAACCUUCUAAACUCAUUCCUCAUCUCCAUCUUUCCUCUCUUUCUCGUGGGGACGACCAGACCACCUCAAAAGGGGACAGUUUAACCCAGGAAGAUGGUGCUGUUUUCGAGCGCAGGCGUCUCGAGGCUGCCACUGCUUCUGGUGGCUGCCUCGCUACUGCAGCUCCUGGCACUUGUGGUCGAGCCGACGCUGGCCCAAGUAGCCGCCCAGAACCGGUUCCUCAAGAGCGAUGCCAUUGUGCCCCUGCGCACGCACAGCAUUUACGCACCCUAUGUCGACUCGGACCUGCAGAACAAGUUCUGGGACUUUGGUGGUGAUGCCAUCGUCGACACGACACGCUACAUUCGCCUGACCCAGGACCGGCCCUCGCAGGCCGGCUGGCUCUGGACCAGGCUGCCCAUCUCGGUGCCCAAUUUUGAGAUCAUUGUCGAAUUUGGCGUCGAUGGGCGAGCAAGCGGCCAUCAUCCUUCGGGUGACGGCUUUGCCUUUUGGCUGACGGAAGAGCGGGCGCAACCAGGCCCGAUCUUUGGCUCAAAGGACUACUACACCGGCCUGGGCAUCAUGUUCGACACCUUUGCCAAUGCCAGACAUCCAUACACGUUUCCCCGCGUCAUGCUCACCAACCUCAACGGCGUCGAGUCGUUCCACACGGGCAAGGACGGCGCCAACCAGGAGCUGGCCGGCUGCAGCAUCGACAUUCGGCGGACCAAGGUGGCGUCCAAGUUCCGUUUGACUUAUGUCAAGGACGUCUUUCUCGAGCUUGCCCUGCACACCGAAGAGUGGGAGACGUGGGAGACGUGCUUUAAGCUCCGCGCCGACAACAUCUCCAUGCCGGCCAACCCGUACAUUGGACUGAGCGCCAUGACGGGCGAUGUGUCGGACAAUCACGACAUCAUCUCAGUCAGCAGCAGCCACAUUGUCUACAAGCCCCGCAGCAAGGCCGAGCUUGCUGCUGAGCGCGAGACGCACUUUGGCGCCGCCGCCGCCUCCAAAAAGAAGAAGCUCGGAGGCCUCGCUGGCUUCUUUGCAGGCACGGGACGAGGAGGGAGCGACACCAAGCCCUCGCCUGCGGCGGGGCAGAGCUACCAGGGAGAAAUGGCGCGCGAAUCGAGCGGGCCAGGCUUCUUUUCGCGCCUCGUCUUUGGCUUCUUUUCCCUCCUCUGGACCCUGAUCAAGUGGGCCGCCGUCGUGGCCGUCAUCGGAGGCGCAGUCUUUGUCUUUUAUCAGCGCAAGAGGAAACUCGAUGCCAAGAGGUUCUGAUGAAAAUUCAACAAUCAAUGUAUCUGUAUCGGGCAGCAAAAGAACAGACGGGGAGAUGCCAGAAUGCAUCGUCUAUACAAAGCUGCGCCGCGAGACUCGUGUGUACUAUCGUAUAAGGGAAAGCAGUG